AUGUCGGAUAUAAAAGAAACAUUAGAGAAAGCAAAGAAAUUAGCAAGUUACAAAGCAGUAGAUGAUAAUGUACGUGCAGGAAUGAAGGUUGGUAUUGGUAGUGGAAGUACGAUCAAAUAUGCAGUUGAUCGUAUCAAAGAACUUGGUAUACCAUUGACAUGUGUACCAACUUCAUUUCAAUCGACUCAAUUGAUCAUUGCUGCUGGAUUAGAGUUAUCAGAUCUAUCUCGUACACCAGAGUUGGAUGUUACUAUUGAUGGAGCCGAUGAAGUAGAUGCUCAGUUAAACUUGAUCAAAGGAGGUGGUGCUUGCCAAUUACAAGAAAAGAUUGUUGCUGCAUCGUCUAAAAAGUUGAUCAUUGUUGCCGACUUUUCAAAGGACUCAAGUCAAUUUGGUGAUAAUUGGAAGAAAGGUAUUCCUAUUGAAGUUGUACCAAUGGCCUAUGUACCAGUGAUGAUCAAAUUGGAACGUAGUUUUGGUCUCAAACCAGUAUUACGUAUGGCAGUUAAUAAAGCUGGUCCAGUCGUAACCGAUAAUGCCAACUUUGUCAUUGAUGCUCAGUUUACAUCGAUCGACAAUCCAGCAGAUUUGGCAACCAAGAUUAAAAUGAUUCCUGGAGUUGUUGAAACCGGUCUUUUCAUCAAUAUGGCUGAAAAGGCUUAUUUCGGUCAAAAAGAUGGUACCGUUAAAGAAAGAUCAAUCAAACUCUAA